GGCCGCCGCCCCACCCACGCCCCGCGCCCCGUGCUCGGCGCCGGCGCCGGCGCGGGACUCCCCCCGCCUCCAUCCGCCCUCCCCCAGUCACCUCCGUCGUCGUCCGCCCUCCACCCGCCGCCGCCGACGUCGUCCGUCCUCCCCUCGCUAUCCGUUGCCUCUCCUUGCAGGCCGUGCGACGGCGCGGCUCGUGGCCUCGUCUCCGGUGCCGCCGUAGUCAGAUCCGGCCCUCCCGCGGCUGGAUCCAGCUCCGCUGCCGCCGGAUCUGGCGGCCGGAGGAGACGGCACGACGGAGUAGGAUGGCCGCGAUAGCUUCGGACGACGAAGCGGCGGAGGCCGACGGGUGCGGCACCAUCAUCCGCCUUCCCCGCAACACCUCCCUCCCCACUUGUUCUCCCCCCACCCCACCCGCCGGCAAUGGGGCUUGUGGCGGCUGCGCAUCCGGCCGCACACGGGCACCGCGCCACUGCCGCCCGUCAGAGCUAGCGGGGAGAGGCCGGCCACGCGAAGUAAGGAUGGCGAGGGAAGGCAAGGAGUGGGGUGCAGUGGUGGUGAUGUCACCGUCGCCUCCCCGGCAUGGAGCACGGCACGGCGGCCGCGUCAACGCCGCCUCCUUCUCCGGCGGCAUCGUGGCCGGUGUGGCGCCAACGCCACCGCGCUUCCUCACGCCGGCUACUGGAUUCCAACUCCGGUCGCCCUCCGGCAGCCGCUACUGCCAAGAGCCCGUGGUAACGCACGAUUUCCUCAACACGAGGUGCCGCCGCCGGCCAAACUACGGCGAGGUAUGGUCUCUAGGAAGGUUUCCAGGCCUCCACUACGGGAAGGGUAUCUCGUCGUCGGCGCUGCCGUGCAAGAGGAUUCCCCCGAGCUUGCUCAAGAACGCCGCCUCCAAUGUGGAGGAGAUGAUCAUGAAGGCCGCGAAGAUGGGUCAGAUGUCGUCGCAGAUUGGCGUUGUGCUCCGUCACCAGCACGGAAUCCCCCUCGUCAAGAGCAUCGCCAGUAGCAAGAUUCUUCACAUCCUCAAGGCCCACGGUCUUGCACCGAAGAUCCUGGAAGACCUGUACUUCCUGAUCAAGAAGGCUGUUGCUAUUAGGAAGCAUUUGGAGAGGAACAGGAAGGACAAGGACUCAAGUUUCAGGCUUAUUCUUGUUGAGAGCAGGAUCCACCGCCUCGUCCGCUACUACAAGCGCACAAAGAAGCUCCCACCUACUUUGCGCUUCAAAUGGAUACUCUUCAAAGUCGGCUUGAUGUUGAGUUCCUUGUUGCUCACAUGUGUUCUGUCAAAUUUAAGGAAUGGAUUGUUGUGCUAGCAACUUUAUUGAGACGCGCUGAGGUACUGCCUAUCUUUCACAUGUUCAACAACUGUGCACACAAUUUCAGUAAUACUGUUCUUUUGACUAACUUGUGGCAGGCUUCUGCAUCUGACAAUGCAGUUUUUUUUCUUAUUUUGUUUUUUGGAUUUUUACCAUGUAUUGAUCGUUUAAUGUUUUGUAAGAAGCGUACUCAUCCUUGCUGCACACAUGCAAAAUAGACCAGUGUCAUGUGUGCUGAUGGCACUGGGAGAUCAAUUGGACGGACAACAGUUUAACCUGUGUUAAUUUAACACAUAGCAGAUGGAGAGGCGCAGGAAUACAAUGUAAAUAGCAUUUUUUGGGGAUUUUCCCCUUAGAGCAACAUCUUGGAGGCUAUGGCAGUUUUUUUCCAGAGAAUCAGCUACUCGCCAUAUUGUUGUACCAUUAGUUUGUUGAAACAGAUUGGAGUGUGCAUCCUUCCCCUUUCUGUAAGCAGAUUGAAGUGGGCAUUCUUCCCCUUUCUGUAAGCACUUUUUGUAAUAUGCCUUGCAAUCUAAUAUGUAAAGUAUGUACAUUGGGAAGGUUAUUGUAGAUAGUUUUUUUUUUUUACUUUUAUCACAUGAAUCUACUUUAUUUCA